AGGGUCGACAACGUGGCUUUCUCAUGGACGUUGGUGAAAUGCUUCACCAUCGUUCUCCUGGGGUUCGCUUCGGGCAAGGCUCGCUUGGUAAAAGGCCGCGAGGUGCGCGCCCUGGACCUGCUGGCCUCGCACGUGUGCCUCUCGGCGCUUCUCUUCGUCAACCUGAGUCAGCUGCGGCUGCACACGUUCGAGUGGCGCCUGGUGGCAGCGGUGCUUCUGGGCAAGGCUGCACUGUUCGCCCUGGUUGCGGCGGCCAGCGCAGCGCUCCCCCGCUCUUCCUCGAGCCGCCGCGGAGGAGGCCAACUGGCCACCGCGGGCCUGCACGCCAUCUUCGUGACCCAAGUGAACGACUUCGGCAUCGCAUACCCCUUAGUGGAGUCGGUGUUUGGCCGGAGCCAUCCGGAAUUCGCUGGUUACCUGUACCUGGUGGCACCACUUUCUCUGGUGUUGUUCAACCCUAUCGGAUUCUUCCUGGCCGAGCUGCAAGGCCUUCGAUCGCAGCGGCGCUACACUGACGAUGCUAUUGAGACAACACCCCAGAAGCAGUCGGUGGCGAGAAGACUGUUCAAAGCGGCGGCCUGGGCGGUUUUUAAGGUGCUCUACCAUCCCCACGUCCUGUCCUCUCUGCUCGCCAUCGCCGUCAACAUCGGCCGUUCCGGAGAGCAGCUUCCGGCACCACUGGCCGCCAUCCUCAAGCUGCUUGGAGACGCGUUCGCAGCACCCGUGCUGUUUCUGCUGGGCUACCACAUCGAGAAAGCUUUCCAGGAACCCGACGUCAGGGAGCACCUGCUUCCUGCCUUCAUCCUGAGCGCGGUGAAGUCGUUCGCCCUACCGAUGUUCCUCAAGGUGUCCGUAGAGCUUGUGCUUUACUGGAGCGGAGCGCAGGCCGGUGUCAAGGACCGGGCCAAUUUCGCUUUCCUGUACGGCUCCGCCCCGACGGCGCCCAUUGUGAUCCUGUACGCCUCUCAAAGAGCUCUGCCCGCGGGAACGUUGGCAACGGGAGUCGGCGUGUGCACCUUGCUCUCGCUCCCGGUGAUGUUCGCAACGGCCGCCGUUAUCAGCGACGAAGGACUGCCUGCUGCGGGGGUCUCGCCGCAUUUGCAAAUGAGAACUGCCCUGGCCUGCCUCGGCGGACUCAGCCUCCUGGCGAGCGUGUUCGUCAUCGGCCUGUUUAUGUUGACCAGAAGGACGAAGGGCCUGAUCUGCAAUGUGUUGCUGUGUCUGCUUAUCUGCGAGGCCUUCAAGUCAGCAGGCGUGUUGUUGUGGCUGCUGCACAGGCCGCACAGCCAGUGGGGUUACGUGGCCGUCUUCUUGGUGACGUGCAGCCAGUACGCAUCAAGAGCGUGGACUGCAAGCUUGGCCCUGAGUGUGUUCCUGCUCAAAUACUACAACUCUCCUGAACUGACCACGCACGUACGGAUUAUGUUCUUCGUGGCGUACGGAGUGCCGGUCAUCCUGACAGCGGCGGUUAUGAUCGGCGGCCGCUUUUUGUGCCGGCGCCAAAUCAGUGCCGAAGUGGAAGUUCCUCUAUUCUUCAACGGUGAAUGCGAGGCCGUCGCAUCUGUCGUCCUGCUAAGUGUCUGCGCAGCACUGAUAGCACUCUGUCUCUUGCAACACGCCCACGAGCGAACGCUGAAGACGUCCUUCUUUGAGUGCUGCUGCUGCUGCCGUUCGAGAAAGGGCUUUGGGGCUGGACUUGAGAACCAGUGCUAUGAAAAGGCACCGCCUGCUCGCAAGUACGACGAAACACUCGACGAGAGAAGCCUACUCGGAACUACAACACGGGUUCGCUUCAACUUGCCGCCUUCUGGACACGAGUCUUGGCCCGGAAAAGACGACGGCGCUUCUGCGAAGGCGUUCGAACCUGAAGACGACGUGCGGGGACUCACGCUCCUGAUAGCAGUGCUCUUCAUUUCAAUAUUUAUCGGGAUAUUUGUGAGCUACGGGAGGCUCUUUCUUGGAGUCCCGUACGGUAUUUUCAGAGUUCUCCAACUCGUUGAUGCAACGCUUAGCCUCGGCCAGCCGCAAGACCAUGACGAACCGAGCCCCGUGGCGCACAGCUGUCGUUACUGUUGCUUCUUAUAUAGCGCACACUGUACUGCGAAACAGCCGCGUGCUCGAGUGACCGUCAAAAAUUGGGCGGCCCGGACUCGUUCGCUUCGUUCGGAACCUGGAAAAGCGCAACUCAUUUCGGCAGCGGUGGCUAGCCUGGGCGGCUGCUUUGAGUCUGCGCCUCUCUUGGGGAUGCUUGUCUUACUGACGUGCGGACUGGAAGGAAAGCUGCUUAGUGAGGCGAAAGCACGGGCCCUGCUUUUACUGCGAAUCGCGGGUAAACGGAGGCACCCCAAGGAGCGGACCGUCCCUGCCGGAUUAAGGAACGCGAACGAAAUAGCCUGCCGCCAGUUCAACGUCUACCAUCGACGUGCCUUCGAGGAGUUCUUGGAUGAGACCGAAGCUGGUGUUCCAAUGUCUCUGGCUCGAUCCGGCUUCCAUGGACACCGGCUUGUGGACUGGCUAUUGGAUGCGGGCCUGGUUAGGAGCCGCGAUGAAGGCGUGGUCUACGGAAGGCGCUUGCUGGAAGGAGGCCUUCUAGUACACACGGAGCGUGGCAUGCACUUCUACGACGGGCCGUACGACUACAUCUUCGUGUUUUAAAGUUUCGGCGUAUAUCGAAGGACGCUGCGCAAGAGUGUUUCCCAAUAAAGAAUUCCCCUUUUCUUUA